AGGCUCGUGUGAGUCUUCCAGAACCUCUACCCUGUGAGUUCACGAGAAUUCCCCUGAAUUGAGGCCCACACAGAUUCGAACAAGUUGUCUGAGCGUCAUCGUCUUUUUUACUUCGGAAUACGACUGCUCAGGCCCCAGCAACCGACAUUUAUUUCUUCAUCAAACAGCAGGAUCAGGACUACGAAAACUAGAGAACAAAGUACGCAUGUUUUGACUAUUGAGAAUAGAGAUACACAGGGAAAACACCAAAAAAACCGAUGGCGGAGCACGCGAGCGGCUCGCGGGAUGUCUCCAAGGACAUGACCCGCGGCGACAGCAAGGCACGGAGAUCUUCGUUGGCAAAAGACACCGGGCAGAGCUUGACCGAUUUGGCACAGCAAAAGGAAUUCACGAAGCCAACCUACCUGCUGGAGGUACAUAUUAAUUUUUAUUUAAAUGCUUUUCUGUGCGACGUGACGAGAGCGAUUGGCAAAAAAAGCUCUGUGGUAUAGUAAUAUGACAACAUCGGACUUCGCUGCUAUCGCUAUGUGAGCACAUGCCGACCGCAAAACCUCUAGCAACUCUCACGAAUUCAGGUUCUGAACCCGGUUCUGGAGGCAAUGGCAUUGCGGUAUUUCGAAAAAGACGAGAUGGAGCAGUUGCAGACAAGCUACGAGGACACUGUCAAGCAAUACAUUGCCUGGAUCCAGGAGACACGUAUUUUUAUUGUGUUGCGUUUUCUGAAUAGCAGCAGCAGUUUAAGUUCUUGUCAGACAUGUUGUGUGUCCUGCAUAACAAACGAGUUGAAAUUGAACAUAAACAGAAAAUCUCCCACCGCCACCCGAGUACGAUUCCGAUGAGCCGUCGAAGGAAGAGUUGCAGCGAUUGCGCGACAGUAUUCUUGAUUUUGUGCUGCCUAUGUGUGUUGAUCUUGAUCCGCAUGAAUCUGAAUGAAGUUUUUCCUCUUUUGUUGGGAAGGCUAGGCAACAUCUGCUUUGCGAAACGGAGACAUCACCGUUACUCAACAUGCAAAUUUCAACCCCACUAUCCAGGUAUUUCGGAGCUGAAGCGUAAGUUGGCCGACAUCGAAAAGAUCGAGGACGCUGCGAAACCAUCCGACAAGAUGAAGUCCACUGUCAGGAGGGUGUCCGCUGCCCGGAGAGUCAGCAAAUUGCUCUCCGCCGGAGCGGCGGCGGGCUAGGCGGGAAGCGGAAAACACAGGUGUGAUCUACUACAGGCGGCAGAAACUUUUCUGAGGCUCACGGAAGUAUGGCUGGCAGGGCUGGCGGCAGCUAAGAGUCUUUGCCGCAAUUGCAAAAUUAAAGUCAAAGGAGAAAAUGUAUGUUGUUACCGUUAGCCUUAUCUUUCUUCCGCCGCUGUAAAAGAUUUUCUCUGGUGACUACAUUGUUAUUGUCGCUGAGAAUCUGAUGAAUUUGAAAAGUUGAGAACAUAGAAACUGUUGCACGAGAAUUCAGAAGACUCGCAGUGCGCCGGCGAGCAGAACACCCUGAGAAUAAAAAAAGCAACAAGAAAUUAUAGCACAAAAAUGCACAAUCGCCAUGAAUCUUUC